AAUAAAUUGUAAUUUGUGGAUUUGGCUGAGAGAUUCAGAAUGUAAAAACAUCAAUGUCAAAUCUGUUUGUGUUUCUUUUUUUAUAUACCGCUGAACUGAUAUUAAAACACGUGACAACCGGAAGGGCGAUCGGUCUGCUCUCUUUUGAGAACCAGGGAGAAUCGUGUUGCUAGACAAGCAAGCCUUCAUCCCACAAAGACUUCGUCCUCACUCCCAAAUGAGAGGACAAAUACUGCAAAAUAAAGAAUAUGGCUUUAAGUAUGAAUGCUCUGAGACUGUCCUGCUCCUCUAGUGUUGGGGAUCUGCAGUCCAUAGAGACAGUUGUUGGGCCGCUGAAUGAUGGAAUUAGCUCUAUCUGUUAUGUCUGCAAGCAUCUUUUGGAAGCAGAAGUAAAUCAAAACUCUGGCAUGUGCUCCAAUUAUAGACAAAUCAGAAGACAUAUUGAGUAUGCUGAGCAGCACAUUGCAAGAUCAGAGAAAACUAUUAAAGUAAAACUGCAAAAUCUGGAUGAACGUAUGGAGCAACUUAUUAAAGAACAAGGAAAUGCUGAGCAGCAGAGGCAGCAGAAAUGCCUGACUAAGGAUGAUUUGCAUAUCGAGAAGUAUUUUGCUAAGGAAUCAUUAGAGAACUCUAGAGAAGCUUUGGAGCAGGCCAAAAAAAACGUGGCUUCAGCUAAAAAAGAAAUAGAAAGAGAGGAGGACAGGAAGGUUACAGGUGGAUGGGUAACAGCUGCAGGGGUAGGUGUUACCUUGAUUCCAGUUGCUGGAUGGGUUUUAGGUCCAAUGAUGAUAUGUGAUGGAAUAAGUACAAUUGAGGAUGCUUCAAGGGCUAUCAGGGAUGCUGAAGAUGAUCUUGAAGAAAAUGAGGCCAGAGUGGGGAAGUACAGGAGAAAAGUGUCUGAUUACCAGUCCGAGAUCUCUAAUAUAGAGAGUGAGAUUAAAGAAACUGAUGAAUUGCUGGAUAAAAUUCAGAGUGAGAUUGAAGAGGUGAAGCAGCAUCUGGAUUACACCGCUGAUAUUCAGGAGAUGGUGAGAAAAGCUGUGAAUCUUCUUAGCAUUGUCAGUGGAAGAGUCACUGUUCUGGAGAGGCAAACCCGAGGCUUCAUUCUCUGGGAGCCUGUGAUAAAGGUGAUGGAAGAAGUGAUGAAGGCGGUCGCAAAUGUUGCAGAGAAUCGUCUCCUUUAUAAUCAUGGUGUGGCAGGCCUCAUGAAUACUUUGAGGGCGAAUGUUGGAGAACUGCUGACUUUGUGCUCCUCACCCACACAUUCUGAAUAUGAGGACUAUUACUGAUCCAACUGAAGAAUGCACACAGAAACCAACACAUGUUAAAAAAAAAUAAAAUAAAUAAAAAUAAAG